AUGGGAUCUGCCUCCUCAACUUACCGGCCCAAGUGUAUUUAUUUGGAUAUUGAUGGAAGAAUUCAAAAGGUGAUCUUCAGUAAAUACUGCAACUCCAGAGAUAUUAUGGACCUCUUCUGCAUCGCAACAGGGUUACCAAGAAACACAACCAUCUCCCUCUUGACAGCAGACAAUUGUAUGGUAUCCAUUGACCCGACGAUGCCGGCAAACUCAGAGAGGUCUCCCUACAAAGUGAUACCUGUUGCCACUGGGCAGCUCUCAGAUAAAGAAGAAUUGUUCCAGAAUUUAUUGGGACAGAUUGCUGAGCAGUUCUCAAGGGUUUUUAAAAUCAAUGAACUGAAAACGGAAGUAGCUAAUCACUUGGCAAUGCUGGAGAAAAAGGUUGAAUUGGAAGGCCUGAAAGUGGUGGAGAUUGAGAAAUGCAAGAGCGACAUUAAAAAGAUGAGGGAGGAAAUGGCAGCGAGAAGCAGCAGGACUACCUGUCCCUGCAAGUACAGCUUUUUGGAUGAAAACAAGAGGCUGACUCCCCGGCGGGAUGUACCAUCCUACCCAAAGUACAUGCUGUCCCAGGAGACCAUCGAAGCACUUCGGAAACCGACAUUUGACGUCUGGCUGUGGGAGCCCAACGAGAUGCUGAGUUGUUUGGAACAUAUGUACCAUGAUCUUGGGCUGGUGAAAGACUUCAACAUCAAUCCUAUCACGUUAAAGAGGUGGUUGCUGUGCAUUCAUGACAACUACAGAAACAACCCCUUUCACAAUUUCCGGCACUGCUUCUGCGUGACCCAGAUGAUGUACAGCAUGAUCUCGCUCUGCAGUCUCCAGGAGAAAUUUUCCCAAAUUGACAUCUUGAUUCUCAUGACUGCCGCAGUAUGCCACGACUUGGACCAUCCGGGCUAUAACAAUACCUAUCAGAUAAAUGCACGAACGGAGCUGGCAGUACGCUACAAUGACAUCUCCCCAUUGGAGAACCAUCACUGUGCUGUGGCUUUCCAGAUCAUUUCCCAGCCAGAAUAUAACAUUUUCUCCAAUGUCGACCAGGACCAAUUCAAGCAGAUAAGACAGGGGAUAAUUACGUUGAUUCUGGCUACAGACAUGGCGAGACAUGCAGAAAUACUGGACUCUUUCAAGGAAAAAAUGGAAAAUUUUGAUUACUCAAAUGAAGAACACAUGACCUGUCUGAAGAUGAUACUGAUAAAAUGCUGCGAUAUCUCCAAUGAGGUCCGCCCGAUGGAAGUUGCAGAGCCCUGGGUAGAUUGCUUGCUAGAGGAAUAUUUUAUGCAGAGUGACCGAGAAAAGUCGGAGGGGCUUCCUGUGGCACCUUUCAUGGACCGCGAUAAAGUGACCAAGCCAACGGCGCAGAUCGGCUUCCUGAAGUUCGUUCUCAUCCCCAUGUUCGAGACAGUAACAAAGCUAUUCCCAGAAGUGGAGGAGGUGAUGCUCCAGCCCCUUUGGGAAUCCAGGGACCGCUAUGAGGAAUUAAAACAGAUAGAUGAUGCUAUGAGAGAGUUGCAGCAGAAGAAAAGCGACAGCCUGACCACCGGCAGUACCGAGAAAUGA